GGCCCAGUUAGUCCUGGAAGUCUAGUAACUGCAUCAAUCUUAAAUUCAAUUCUUGGCUGGUACCACACUCGUUUCACUCAAUCGUAUACACUCUUUUCUAUCAUUAUGCAGUACAAGAAGAUUGCAGCGGUCGCGCCGCUCUUGGCCGUGGCCAGCGCCCAGCCGAUGAGCUUGACCAAGCGCGACGGCACUACCUGGGGUCCCAUCGUUGAGCUGGGGCCCUCGGUCGGCGACGCUGAAAUCGUCAGCGUCUUGGCCACCAUCUACCCCGGCGAGAUGCCCGCUGAGCAGAAUGGUGGUCUUUAUUGCUGGAUUGGCAUCAACAACGCUACCCAGACCGGCGACCUUAUCCAGGGCAUUGUUGGCUCUUACAUCCACGGGCAGAGCGAGUGUGGAACUGGCUCGGACGCCGACAGCCAAUGGUGCGUAUUGCAUGAUCGGAUUGCGUUGAUGAAGACUAACGGCCGCAGGUGCAUCUCCGCCGAGGUUUACGGAUGGAGCGACGAGGUUGGCAACUACAACCAAUACGUUGGUGAUCUCCGUACCCUGGACCCCAACCCUUCGCAGGGCGUUACUUUCAACUACACCAUGACCGACUCGUCGAGCCGUCUCUGGGUCCAGACCGCCACCAACGCGAAGACCGGCGACGUCCUCGCCACCUACCAGAAGGAGUCACCGCAAGUGACCAUGAUCAACACGGCCGUCGAAUGCGUCGACUGCACCUACCUGACCGACGAGCAGACCUGGACCAACAUCACCAUCGGCCUGUCGGCUGCCGACGAGAACUUUGGCAGCACCAUCAUGAAGAACAACGGAGCUGAGAGCACUGACCCUACCACUGAAGACGGCGGCAAGACUUGGAAGAUCUCCAAGAUCACUGUUCCUGUUGUUACGCCCGUGUAAGGGAUUUUGGUAUCUCCGCAGAGGGCAGAGGUGAUUGACUUGGUCGGCCAGCGUGACUGGCAGUACCUCCGAUCUUUCCUCUGGCAUGUCCGUAGAUUGCUAGCACAAUCGAC